AUGAGGCAGAACAAUCAGUCCUCACUGGCCGACUUCAUUCUUGAAGGGCUCUUCGAUGACUCCCUCACCCAUGUCUUUCUUUUCUCCUUGACCAUGGUGGUCUACCUUGUUGCUGCGAGUGGCAACUCCCUGACCAUCCUCCUCAUCUGUGCUGACCCCCGGCUGCACACCCCCAUGUACUUCCUGCUCAGCCAGCUCUCCCUCAUGGACCUCAUGCACGUCACCACCACCAUCCCCAAGAUGGCUACCAACUACCUGUCGGGCAGGAAGUCCAUCACCUUUGUGGGCUGUGCUACCCAGCACUUCCUCUACUUGUCAGUGGGAGGGGCUGAAUGUGUUCUCCUGACUCUCAUGUCUUAUGACCGUUAUGUUGCCAUCUGUCACCCACUGCAUUAUGCUGUUAUCAUGAGCAGGAGGGUGGCUUUGAUGAUGGCUGUCAUGUCAUGGCUGGGAGCAUCCAUGAACUCCUUCAUUCACACCAUGAUCUUGAUGCACUUCCCUUUCUGUGGGUCUCGAACAAUCCACCACUUCUAUUGUGAGUUUCCUGCUGUUGUGCAGUUGGUCUGUGGAGACAUCACUGUUUAUGAAAAGACUGUUUAUAUCAGUGGCAUCCUGCUCCUCCUCUUCCCCAUCCUCUUGGUCUCUACCUCCUAUGGCUUCAUCCUCCACAGCAUCAUUCAGAUGCGAUCUGCUGGGAGUAAGAGAAAUGCCUUUGCCACUUGUAGCUCUCAUCUGACUGUGGUUUCUCUCUGGUUUGGAGCCUGCAUCUUCUCAUAUAUGAGACCCAGGUCCCAGCGCACUCCAUUGCAAGACAAAGUUGGUUCUGUGUUCUAUAGCAUCAUCACCCCGACCCUGAAUCCUUUGAUUUAUACUCUCCGCAAUAAGGAUGUCGCCAAGGCUCUAAGAAAAGUGUUGGGGAGAGAUGCUGUUAUUGCACUGUAGUUGCAACGAGCAUAAGAGCAAAGUGAGUUAAAAUCAUUCAAUUGAUUUGGGUAAACUUGGAAGAAAUUUUAAGGAUUCAGAUGCUAUUUGAUUGCAGCAAAGUAAUUACACACAAUUACAUGUCUCUCACCUGCUACCAGGUAUCUAAUACAUAUAUUGCCAUCUUAGGCCAUAUGAAUUAUAGAACAAAAUGCCAGACUUUGAAUUUUCACAGAUCUAGGAUUGAGAUUCAACAGUGAAGUCUCUAGAAUACCACU